CCAGAAUCGCUUUAACGACCUCACCAGCAAAAGCAUUUUAAAAAAUGGGCAACUUCUGUCCGAAAAGACCCCGACCACGUCUGCUGCCAGGCAAAAUCACUGAUGCUGCACUGAACAAUCAAAAGCUUAAUCGAUACACACCAUACCCCCCAGCACCGGACACACAAGAGACUGCAAAUAAUGCGGGAUGUGAUGUCCUCAUUGGACUCUACGACUACACAGGACGAAACAAUGAACUCAGCUUCCAGAAGAACGACCAGAUGAUCGUGAUCGACAAAAGCGACUCGGAAUGGUGGUAUGUACGCCACAGUACGACAGGAGAAGAAGGAUAUGUUCCUUACAAUUAUGUUACCAUCGCCGACUCCUUGGAUACCAAACCAUGGUUCUUCGGUAACAUAAACCGUAAGGACGCCGAAAUGCUAUUAUUAGCAAAAGAGACCACAUCAGGAAUGUUCUUGAUAAGACAAAGAGACAAGGAACAAGGUGGUUUUGCUCUGUCUAUUGUCAGUAAAGAGGAUAAUGAGAGCUUUGUUAAACAUUACAAAAUUAUGAGCAAGAACGGACAAUUCUGGAUCAACGAACGAAGAAUUUUUGAAUCUCUUGAUGAACUUAUUAAACAUUAUUCAGAAUUACCGGAUGGAAUAUUCAAGGCAUUGACAACCCCAUGUGUGAAAAGUAAACCCGUCCUUACGGAUUUGUCCAAGGAGUUGCGUGAUCAAUGGGAAAUACCUCGAGAAGAUAUACAACUUCUUGGUGUACUUGGUAGCGGACAGUUUGGUGAGGUACGAAAAGGUCUCUGGAAAAACAGUACCACAGUUGCAGUGAAAACCUUAAAACCCGGUACAAUGUCAGCAGCCAGCUUAGAAGAGUCCAAAAUUAUGAAAAGGUGCAAACACAAGAACUUGGUCCUCCUCUAUGCCGUGUGUUCAAUAGGCGAGCCCAUUCUCAUUGUCACUGAAUUUAUGAGCAACGGUAGUCUGCUGUGUUUCCUGCGUUCUCCUGGAGGGGAAGCGUUAAGCUUUGAAGAACUUAUACAUAUGGCAGCCCAGGUGAGUGGAGCACUAACGAGGGGAUGUCGUAUGUGUGAAUAUAUGUAUACACAUACACUCAAACGUCCACACA